UACUGAUUAUGUCUUACGGCCUUACGUUUUGUGCCAUGGGCUUAAUGUAACAUGCGGCUACGGUUACAUCAGCUGAUCAUAACAUUACAACUGAUUUUGCAACCCCUCGAAGGUCAUCCUAUGUUAUGUACGCACUUUUUGCUCCAAUAAAAAAGAGCCGGCUUUUAAUCGAAAGAGAACUCAAGGACCACUGAAGGACAUCAAGCUGAAUUUGACAAGAAUGAACUGUUAAUUAUUCAGGUGUAUUAAACCAAAAAUAGUUUGUACAUAUUUUGAAUAAAAUGGCUACUUCAGUGACAACACCACUGAAUACUGUGAAUGCUGCCAAGAGAAUUACGCAGAUCAGAAAUAUACGGCAAGGUAGCGUGAUAGAUAUUGAUGCUGAAAUGUUUCUCAAGAUAUCUAAUUACGAGGACACUGUUAAACAAUUGGACAUAUAUUAUGGAAUUGUUAAGAGACAAUUACUACGCUAUCAGAGCUGCAUAACUGGCUUGUUCCCACAGAUUUCGAGCGAUCGGAAGGUUGGCAGUGUACGCGAAAGUAUAUAUUGCGCAGCUGCCAUAUGGAGUCUGUAUCAAGCAUAUAGACGUAUAGAUGAUGAUCGUGGAAAAUCAUAUGAGCUGGGACAAUCCACAAUAAAGUGCAUGCGGGGUAUCUUGGAGUGUUGGAUAAAACAGUCUUCCAGAAUAGAACUUUUUAAGAAAAAUCAAUGCGACCGUUAUGCUUUACACUGCAAGUUUCAUUUGGAUACUGGCGAUGAAAUCCAUAAGGAUGUUGAUUAUCAUCAUUUACAAAUAGACAUCGUAUCUCUUUACUUAAUAUUCUUAGUGCAAAUGAUUUCCUCUGGGCUACAAAUUAUAUAUACACAAGACGAAGUGGCUUUUGUGCAAAAUCUGGUAUAUUACGUCGAAAGAGCAUACCGUACACCAGACUACGGUAUGUGGGAACGUGGAAGUCGAUAUAACGAUGGAACACCUGAGAUUCACGCCAGCUCCAUUGGGAUCGCCAAGAGCGCAUUAGAAGCAAUUAAUGGCUGUAAUUUAUUUGGUGAAAAAGGUGCAUCUUGGUCUGUGAUAUAUGUUGAUAUUGAUGCUCACAAUCGCAAUCGUAGUAUUUUCGAAACAAUGCUUCCAAGAGAAUCCAGUUCGAAAAGUGUAGACGCGGCUCUGCUGCCAACAAUAUCGUUUCCUGCCUUUGCAACUCAUGAAGAAGUGUUGUACAAUGAAACAAAAGCGAGCAUAGUCCGCAGGCUAAAAGGCAAUUAUGGUUUUAAACGUUUUGGAAGAGACGGUUAUAAAACUGUAUUGGAGGACAAACAGCGACGAUAUUACAAAUCUGGGGAAAUUAAGGAUUUCGACAAUAUCGAAUGCGAAUGGCCAUUGUUUUACAUCUUUAUGAUAAUAGAUGGUGUAUUCAAGAGUCUAUCGGAACAAGUGGAAGAAUAUCAAAAUUUAUUGAAAACAAGAGUGCAAAAGGAUUUGAAUGGAGAUCCGAUCAUUCCUAUGUGCUAUUAUGUACCCGUGGAAAAUUUGGAAACUGAAAGGAACGAGCCAUGCAGUGCUUAUCGGCUACCCAGUAAUGAAGGGAGAGGCCCUAAAUCUAUGGAAGACGUUACACCGAUAUAUUUAUGGAAUCAAGCUAUGUUCGUAAUUGCGCAGCUACUCACUGCUGGUCUUCUGCACAUCAACGAAUUAGAUCCUAUUCGUCGAUAUCUUCCAUCGUAUAAUCGUCCGAGGCGAGCAGGAAGAUAUUCUGCUUUCCAGGCAAAGCCUACUAUUGGCACUCAUACCGACCUAGUAGUACAAAUAGUUCUGAUCGCAGAAUCUAUGCGAUUGCAAGCCAUGAUGGCCACAUAUGGCAUUCAGACACAAACACCGCACGAAGUCGAGCCCGUUCAGAUUUUGUCGUCCACUCAGCUAGUGAAGGUUUAUCAAAAAUUAGGAGUAAACAAGAAGUUGAAUCUUCACGGGCGACCAGCGCGGCCUAUAGGUUCUUUAGGUACAAGCAAAGUGUACAGAGUCUGUGGUAUGACAGUACUAUGUUACCCUCUGAUCUUCGAAGUCUCUGAGUUUUAUUUGUACAGAGACAUGGCUCUACUGAUCGAUGACAUCAAAACGGAAUUGCAGUUUGUGGGCAAGUACUGGCGUCUUUCUGGUCGACCCACUGUGUGUCUUUUGAUACGAGAAGAGCACAUGCGAGAUCCACAAUUUAAAAAGAUGUUAGACCUCUUUGCGAUGUUGAAGAAAGGCUAUUGUGAUAAGACGAAAGUACGCAUCGGCCGGUUGCAAAAUUUGAUCUCAUCUUCUUGCAUUGAGCACUUGGACUUCGUAAAUAGUAUGGAAACAGAUCUGGACUUGACACAGUUUAAACAAUUACAGCACGAUUAUAUUGGCUAUCAGAGUCUCACGGAUGUCCCAAAGGCCUUUGCUUAUUCUGAAAGCGUUAAGGAAUAUUCUUAUAUGUUAAAUGAAUCUCUUGGUAACAUAUUAAACGAACUUCGCAAUAGCAUUGGCUUGUACGCCAAAUGCCAAUUGUAUGGUAUUCUGAUAAAACGAGAAGGAAUUAAUUACGAAAUCAAUGGAGUGACAGUUCGUGACAAUUUGAGAUCAUUAUAUCAACAAGCUGGAUCUUUAAGGUUCUGGAUGGCCGUACGUUAUUGCAGCAGUCUAUUACAUCACACAGUAGACAGUAUCAGUCCUUUUAUCACGGGUGUAUUAGUCAAAGGAAAACAGAUCGCGGUGGGAGUGAUUGGACAGAAAGAAACGGUAUUUGACAAACCUAUGACGCCGACGGAAAUACAAUCGGUAAUGUAUUCCACAAUACAACCGCACAAUGUGGUACAGGCUGUACUCCAACAAGAGAUCCUGUUGUAUUGCGGUAGACUUAUCGGCACUAAUCCGGAAAUGUUCAAAGGCAUAUUAAAAAUACGCAUCGGGUGGGUCUUGGAAGCGAUGAAACUUUACUUACAGAUGUUUGUGAAAGAUACCAAGCCGAUUGAGAAUUAUAGUCCUUAUGAAGUCCGACAAUUUCUUAUUAAAGUAUUGACAGUAAAAGAAUGGGCUCAUGAAGAAAAUCUGACAGUGCUCGGUCGCCGAAAAAUCGAAGGUUGCUUGUGUAGAGUGCCGGCACAUUUCUACAAUCAAGUAUGGGAAGUCCUCAUGCGUUGUCCUGGUGGUAUCGUAGUGAACGGACGGGAACUUCCUCAACAAACCACAUUGUCCAGUAUGACUCGUUCUGAACUCACAUUUGCUCUACUCGUAGAAUCCUUAUUGCAUCACAUACAAUUACCAGAAUAUCGUCAGAUCAUAGUAGAACUCUUAAGUAUCAUAUCAACUAUUCUACUUCGAAAUCCAGAAUUAAGUUUCCAGAAACAACUAGAUCUGAAUCAGCUUGUGGAAGAUAGUUUUAUCAUGUACUGUAAGGAUCACAAUUUAUCAAAUGUCGAUGACAAAUCGUCGUUCUUCUCUGCGCAUUAUUCAAUGACCGCAGGAUAUCUUGCUAGAGCCAUAGUCAACAAUGUCCUUACUGGUGGCUGCGUGACAACUAUUGUGGAUCCCAGUGAUGUCCUUGAAUCACCUCGAGAAAUGUGUAAAAUUACGUAACGAAACAAGUCAGAUAUUAUCGAAACUAGACUUGAGAGAUCGUUUAAUGUUAGCAAAAAAAUAUUGUAUAUGCGUGUAAUAUAUCUCGCUAUGUAUAUAUGUAUAAUCAUGUUUAUAUAAAGCGACGAUAUAAUAUUCCGACAAAGAUUUAAUGCAAAGCUCCU